AUGAAUCUCGUCAGUGUCAUCAGCGUUACAACCUCAAUUAUACGGGUGGUGCUGUUUCCGGUCUUUUCAAGACUGUCAGAUCUUUUGGGAAGAACCGAAGUUUACUCGUUCUCGGCUGUGUUCCAUAUUGUUUCGUUUGUUAUUCUCGCUCUAGCGCAAAACUUUGAUACGAUUGUGGGAGGCAGAGUUAUUAGCUCGAUUGGUGAUGUUGGCCUUCGUAUCAUGGGCUUCGCACUUAUUGGAGACAUGACUAGCAAGCUCAAUCGAGGUUUAUUUCACGGUCUUUACCAAGUCCCAUUAUUAAUCAAUUUCUUCGUGCCACCGCUUGUGGUCGAGGAAUUGGUCAAAAAGCAAAACAACUGGCGCUGGGCAUAUGGUCAUCUUCCUUUUGUCCUACUUGUCUGUGAAAUACCAUUUAUGGUAAUUGCAUGGAAACUGCAAAUGAGAAUGCGCAAGCAUUCCAUGUGGUUGGAAUACAAGCAAGAACGACGGGAACACGAAGGUCAACGUCCCAGCAUUUUUGAAUUUGUAAAGAAAUGCUUGGUGCUUAUCGAUAUUGUUGGUUGUACUCUCCUUGUUGGUGCACUUGCUAUGACACUAUUACCUUUCAAUCUCUCCAAAUCAGUUUGGGGUGGAUGGGCUACUGCAAAGACUUUGGGCACAUUGUGCGGUGGUGUUGGCGCAUGGAUUCUGUUUGCGGUUUGGGAAUUAAAGUUCGCCUCUCAACCUUUGAUCCCAAGUAACCGUUGGCCAAAUCGAACUCCUCUGUAUGGUGCAAUUGCUGCUGCCAUUAUCACGCUCGUUUCAUCGCUCAACUGGACAUACUUUUUCUCGUUUAUCCAAGUAACACGUAGAGCCAGUAUUACUCGUGCGACCUAUAUUCGGAAUGGCUAUCGUGUAGCCUAUACCAUUACCCAGCCUAUUGUUGGUUUCUUAAUGAUGAAAACCAAGGUCUGGCGUCCGUUUGUAUGGGGUGGUAUGGCCUUGUUUAUUCUCGGUGUAGGGUUGAUGAUUCCAGCAAGACAGCCUGACCAGCCUGAUGGCUUCAUGGUGAUGACUCAAGUUAUUUCGGGUAUAGGUGCAGGUGCAAUCGAUAUUCCAAUUAUAGUCGCUUUACAAUCUGCUGUGCCUCAUAACGAUCUUGCUAUGGUCACCGCUCUUUUCCAAGCGUUGGGCACAAUCGGCGGAGCUGUUGGUUCUACAAUUUCGGGUGCUGUCUGGAAUAAUAUUCUUCCUGACGAGCUUUCAAAGCACGUCCCUGGUGAAUUCGAUCUUCAGAAAGCAGCUGGUAGCUACUUGUACGUCUUCGAGAUGCCUGAGGAUCAGUACACUGGUGCUGUUGUUGCGUAUGGAAACGCACAAAAAAUUCUUUCCAUCGUCGCUGUCUGUCUGACCAUCUUUGCGUUUGCGUUUACUCUGCCUAUGAAAAGCUUCGGUUUGGAUGAAGCCAUUGAUCGCCAUUUCCACAGAAACCAGGAUACUGCCGAUGGUUUGUAUUUUUAUAGCUGUCGAGAUUUAUGCGUACACGUCUAUGAUUACUCAUAUCUAAGCGCGUAUAUAGGCGAGAACAAUAUUGAUGAUGUCAAAUACCAGGACACAGUGGAUGAAAGAUGUCAAAAUGAAACCAACAAGGGUGAUAUCCGACAAGACAUUUACAAGACGGGUUCACAUACUGAGGUGCCCAAUGAACAGCGUGCCGUAGUGACUUCUGAAAAGAUUUAA